UGAGAAAAAUCUGGGUGUUUUCCUAUUGGCUUGCACCAUGAACCAUUCGGCUCCUGACUGGAAUGUUGAGCCUGAUCUCCCAAUCUCCAACCACAGAAAACCCAUGGGCCAAGACAAUGAACUGGUGGAGUUAUUAUGGGAAAAUGGUCAGGUAGUUUUGAACAGCCAAACUCACAGAAAACAAGUACAAAGAAAUGAUCAACCAACGUUGAGAGAGGGUAGUUUAUCGUAUGGGAAUUCAAGUAAUCUAAUUCAUGAUUAUGAAACAGUUUCAUGGAUCCAAUAUCCUAUUGAAGAUUCCUUCGAGAAAGAGUUUUGUUCAGACUUUUUCUCUGAACUCCCUUUAUCUGAUCCAAUGGAAGCUGAAAACAUUAAUAAUAAUGACCCCAGUAGACAACCGGAUUACCAUCAAACCACUGCAAUUCCAAACCAACUUAACCUUUCUUCUUCGCCUCCGGAGUUUUGUGGGAAUCCGAUGCCGCCUCCCAAAUUUCAGUUUGAUUCGGCACAUAACAAGAAGAAUUUACGAGGUUUAAGCAAGAGUAAAAGCGGUAAUUCAAUACGAAGAGAAGCUGAGGAGUGUUCGGCUAUGACGGUUGGAUCAAGCUAUUGUGGCAGCAAUCAAGUUCUAAACGAUAUUGAUUUUAGCCGAGGUUCAAGCAACGGUUUUGGAACUACCGUGACCGGUUUAUCGGUCGAGACAUUGAAAGACGGUGCUCAAAAAGAUGUUGUCCAAAGCGAGAAAGGAAAGAUCGAGACCGUUGAACACACUGUUACUUCUUCUUCGGGCGGGUCUGGAUUCACGAGUUGCCAUAAAAGGAAGGGCAGAGAUGGGGAGGACAAUGGGUCUCAAAGUGAGGCUGCUGAACAUCAAUCUGCUGCAGCAAAUAAGCCACCCCAACAAUCCAGUCUUUCUCGCCGGAGUCGAGCAGCUGAAAUCCAUAAUUUAUCCGAGAGGAGACGGAGGGAUCGGAUCAACGAGAAGAUGCGAGCAUUGAAAGAGCUCAUUCCUCAUUGCAACAAGACAGACAAGGCAUCUAUGCUAGAUGAGGCAAUUGAAUAUCUGAAGUCUCUUCAGUUACAGCUUCAGUUAAUGUGGAUGGGAAAUGGGAUGGCCCCAAUGAUGUUUCCAGGAAUACAACAUUAUAUGUCCCGCAUGGGAAUGGGAAUAGGUCCAUCCGCAAUGCCUUCUAUUCAUAAUCCUCUGCAAGCUGCAACGGGGCAAACUCAACAUUUGAAUCCAAUUAAUUACCAACAUCAUGUGCAGAAUCCGACGCUGUCCGACCAAUAUGCACGCUUUCUCGGCUUCCAUCAAAUGCAGAAUGCCUCUCAGCAGGUGAAUAUGUUUGGAUAUGGCCCUCAAACUACAACGCAAAGUCCAAUGGCAUUAGCUCCCACUGGUACUAUAAGACCAACUACAACCAAUAACACUUCUCCAAGUGGCAAGAUGGGGUAAGUGAAAGUGUGGGGUCCAUAGCAACUUGCUAGAAGCUGAUGCCGCCCAACAUGCGGUGCCUUCCUUUCUCGAACACUAGGUAUGCGGAAGGGCCCAGUGUCCCGUUCAUCG